GGCGAGAAGAGGGCGAAGGUGGGGCGCGUGGAGGGGGCGAGGCCCCGCCCACUAAUUCGGCGGUCAAGUGUGACGCGGUGGGCGUCGCCGCGCGGCGCCAAUCGGGCCGCGUCUCGUUACGGGAGGCCGCGUGGUGGGGGCGAGGUGGCGUAUCGGGAGUGUGGGUAUCGUUCGAGCGCAGUGUCCCUGGAGACGCGACGUUGGUUGCUCGAUUUUCCUUCACCCUUCCGGUUUUCCACCGCUCGCGGUUUCCGGCCGCGUGCGCUUACACUCGUGUCGCUUCCGGUCCCCCCGUUUCCGACAAAAACUCGCCGAUCUUCCCGUCGAGAUCGAACAUCGGCCGCACCCGGCCCUCCAGCAACCUAUUUUCCAGCAUCGGAACGGCGAGAGAUGGAUUUUCGACGGCCGGAAGGGGAGAGAUCUCGACGCUGAUGUCGAGAGAGAGAGGGAGGACAGUUUUCCGAUCGAUCGCUCCGAUUGGAUGGAUCUAUCUCGAUGGAAGAUUUUUAAAUUUUCGAGCGUUCGACGAAAGGACCGAUACUUCCCUUCCCUUCGCUUUGUUACGAAAAUGGUAAAAUUCCUCGAAUUUUAUGGAGAAAUUAUGGAAGGAUCGAUUAGAUUUUGAGGAAACGGUUUUUCGGAUCUGCCGUUUAAUAGAGUUACAUUGUGUUUUUCCUUUUUUUCUUUUCCGAGGAAAUCGAUGAAAAAUUGGUGAAAAAGUCGAGUGACAGACGGGGGAAAAAAAAAAAAAAAAAAGAAACGAUCGUGAUUACGAACAACAUUGAUCUGUUGUCCGAAAAACUGAUUUGAAAUUUUUGUGUGAAAAGUGAGCAUCGAGGUAUCCGGAAAGAGUGGGAUUUAUGGAUUUUUUUUUCAAUGGACUGUAAAUACCUGUGAAGCAUGAGAGGGAGCAAGACUUUUUGAAGAAGCUUUCAGUGCACUUGCAGGGAUAUUGUUCGAGCGCAAGAUUCUGUUCGACGUUCCAUAAUAAAAGAGAGGACUGGCCUCGAACGAGCGAAACAAUAUGAGCGCAACAUCGAUCAGCAUCGAUCCAAGAAAAUAAGAUAGCGGAAUAACGACAGUUUGCCGGGACUCGACGAAAGGCGCACACGUCUCGAUGUAACAACCGUUGAGAGAAAGAUGCGAGGGGAAGAAGGAAGAGAAGGGGGAAGGAAAUAACGCGAGGAAUUCGAUGAGAAGGUCAGGAGGGGUUGUGAUCGUUGGUGCCGAGUUGGAGCAGAGCCGAGCGCAGGUUUCGAAAAAGGGGGUCGUGGAGGAGAGGACGAUUGGAAGAAGACGAAGGGGAGGAUGCCUCGACCGUCGAGGGACACUUACGGCGACCAGAAGCCGCCAUAUUCCUAUAUUUCGUUGACAGCUAUGGCGAUAUGGUCGUCGAGGGACAAGAUGCUGCCUCUGGCCGAGAUCUACAAAUUCAUCGCCGAUCGGUUCCCCUAUUACAGGAAGGACACUCGAAGGUGGCAGAACUCGUUGAGGCACAAUUUGUCCUUCAACGACUGCUUCAUCAAGGUGCCAAGGGGACCCCACCGUCCUGGCAAGGGCGCCUACUGGGCUCUUCACCCGGCAGCUCUCUCCAUGUUCGAGAACGGCUCCCUCUUACGGCGCAGAAAACGUUUCAAGCUGCACAAACCCGACAAAGAACUGUUGAAAUCCGAGCUCCAGGCCCUGGCGUCCGCCAUGCCGCCCCCUCACUCCGAAUCCUCGCCCGUCCUGUCGAUAAAUCCUAACGCGCAGACGAGCAGUCUCACUGUUGCCAAUCUUCAUCGUCUUCGCGACGAUUUGCUCCGUUGGGAGUUGCAGGAGCGCCGCCUAGCCAUGACUUCUGGCGGUAACAGUUCGCCAAGCUUCACCACGCCCGAGGCUGGAUCAAGCUAUUACCUAUUGUCGCCAGAGGUUCGACAGAGACUGGCCGGAACGGACGAGAUCCUUCGCGGUUACGAGAGCAACCUGUUGCAGGCAGGAAGUUGGAGCUUUCCAGGCUUCCAGGUCUCACCGUACGUGUCUCAGCUCUCCUACUUUCAGACAGAUAUACCGGAAAGUAGACAGAUCUGCGCUGGAAACGCAGAGGCUGGUGUCCCUGAAAAGACUGACUCCAGGCUUUUCCUGGAGACCGCGAGAGGCGCCACGAUCGAGUCUGCCGAUGGUAAAGUUCGUUGUCCGCCGUUGGAGGCUGGAAUUUCCAAUCAGACGAGCAUCCAACCCGGCCAGAAGAAGAAGAAGAAACCGUUUACAAUCGAGAAUAUCAUCGCGCCGGACGAUGAACAGAUUUCGAGUAAUUCGGAGGACGAGAAGAGAUCUUCGGGCCAUCUUCUGGUGCCUAGACCGCUUUACGCCGGAUUCUCGUUCGGUCUGCCCACGAGUAAGGUCCCGUAUGAGACCGCCACCUGAAUUUACUAGAUUCGACUAGUGUCUAGUGGAUAAUUCAAAGCGAACUGGAAACGCUGGUGGCGCGACGAUCGGCAUUCAGACGAGGCGCUAGUGGAUACACAGAUUCUGGUGAUGAAUGAACUAACGGAUCCUGUUUGUGCGCUUCUCUCUCUCUCUCUCUCUCUCUUCUCUUUCUCUUUCUCUCUAUCUCUCGUGUUCUCGAGAAGAUUUUUUUCAAGCGUGGAAAGGAAGGGAAGACUUUUCUGGUGGUGUGAAGCUAUGGAUCGAAAUGUUUCAAGAAGUUUUGCUUUUGGAAUUGAGGAAAUGACUACAGAAGGUUCUUCUUUUAAACUUGAUUGAAUAGAUAUCCUGAGGUAAUAUUUCGAUUACUUACAAAGUAUAAAUACGUAUAAUUCUGAUUCGCUGUUUCCAUUCGAAGAGAGAAUUUGAUAAUUUGAUAAAUUAGAUUUUUUUUUAAAUAACGUUUGUUCAAGUGAAAUGAGAUAUCGUGGCAACGGUUCGUGGUAGAUUAUUGGUGUAAUAACAGUUUGUAUGGUAUAUUUCUAAGUCUGAAAUUUAGGAAGAUUAUAAGAAUGAUGAUAUCUAAUCGUAGGUGAUUAUACACGUUAUUUAAAUCACUUUUGUGCAAAAUAAAUUGGACAAAUGGUCAUAGUGAUCAAGCUAAUACGAUAUUUUAUUAGAAUUAAACGUUUGUGGGUAUAUGUAUAUACUUACAUAUAUAUAUAUAUAUAUAUAAACCUUAUAAAAAUUCUUAAUCCACAUAACUUAUCUUAAAAUUCUUGUUAUGGAUUAUUAAUAUUCAACUGGUUGACUGGUCAAUUAGAAACAAUGGAUAAACUAAUUGAAUAAGCAGAGUAAGAGUUACUUUCUAAAGAAGUAUGUGAAAAUUUUGAAAGUUAUAAAUUUAUACUCAAUAAAUUUGUACGGAUACAUUGUUUAAAAAAAUGUUUCUAAUUGAAAAUUAGAAGAGAUAUAGAAUCGAUAUAAUUUUUUUACUGAGAUUUUAAUAUCUAAAUUAUAUCAAUGUGUUAAAAUAUACUUCAAAUUUCAUUUUUUUUAUUUAUAAACUUAUUUACGAGUCAUAAAAUAAUCAGUGCAAAAUUUAACUGACGGUACUGCUAAUGGUAAGUCUUCUCUUUUUCCUUUCGAUGGAACUUGACUAAGUUUUUUAGGAUGAAAUAUUUUGAGAAAGAUGAUAAAAGUGAAUAUAAUAAUACUAAACGUAAUUUAAAGAAAAUGAUAAAAUUUAUUAAUGAUGCAAAGAAAUGAAAAAUACGGUGUUCGAAAAUUAUUUGAUAGAUUAAACGAUAAAAUAAAAAUAAAAAUUUGUAUAGAAUAAAGAAAUAAAACUACUGUCUAUAUAUUAUAAUUCUUUCAUGGAUUGGUAAUCCGUUAUGCAUCGCAUAAUAAAAAUGACAAUCCUAUAAAUAUGUAAAUUUUGAUUUUCUCAAAUUUUUCUUAUAAUCUAUCAUCAUUAAAUUAAAAACUAAUAAAAAUCAAAGAUAUUCAUAUAAUUUGAUAUAUAAUUCUCGAACACCUUAUAGAUAACGAUAAAUCGAGCAUAACAAUAUAUUUAAUGUUUAACAAUGUGUAUGCAUUUAACAAGCAACGACAUUUUUGCCUGUGUAUCAUUGUAACAUUUUAUAUUCGUUUUACAACAAGAAUCUUACUUAAAGCACAAGGAGUAUGAGAUUUAUUAGAGAAGGAAAAAAAAAAAAAAAAAAAAAAAAAAAAAAAAAAAAGAAAAAAAAAAGAAUAAUUAACAAGGCACCUACAAAGUUCUCGAAGUCAUUUAAAAUUACUUGAAAAACAAAGAAAAAGACAAAAAAAAAUAUAUUACUAAAGUAGCGAGUCCAAACGUACAAUAAAGUAUUUUACAAAAACACAAGUUAUUAUUUACAAGAUAAAAGAAAAAAUGUGCUAUAAUAUAAUGCAGAAUACUUAGAAAACGUAUCUAAAGAACAUUGAAAAGUAUAUCAAUCUUAUAUAAUUGCUCGAGUAAAAGUAUUAUAAAUUA